CCGCGUGCCAACACGCAGACUGUGGGCUGGGAUUUACAGAACUGGGUCUCGAGCAUGAAAACGAACCUACUCAAGCAGAGGAAAUUUGUCAUGCAGAAGGCGAAGAGAGACAGGAAAAAGAGGAUGGGUGAGAGAGCUGCAGAUACGCAGCUCCAACGUACGGAAACUCCCUCCUCUUCAAUAUGCAGGGGACAGAGUGAAGGCUGCACAUAACAGGCUUCCACACGGCCCGUCAGAGAGGACAGAGCCCUCUGCAGCCACGAAUUCAGCAUUUUAGUCUCUUUACACUUAGUCAAGUGUACCAUGCAUGGAGGACAUGAAGAAGACAUGAACCAGAAGUAGUAGUUGGAAAAGAAAGCUACUGCUUACAAAGAAUAAAACCAAAUCAUCUGAAGAAAUAGAAGGGGGAAAAAAAACAAGCCAGCAAGAGGUAACCAUGCGAGCAACGGGAAACCGGCAGAGAAACUUUGCCCUGUUUGUGCUGACGCUGUCGGUGACUUUGGAGGUGCACGGGGUCCUGGGCUGUCGCGUUGGCAACGGCUCGGAGUGCGAGAAGGCUCCUUUUGUCCCAGGCCACAACCUGGCAGGGGAGGGUUUCGACGUGGUGCGUCUGCGUCGCACGGGCGCGUACGUCAUCAACGUCAAAGCUCAUCUAGACGACAACCGCACCUGUAUACUGUGUCCAAACAGGUUCCAAAGUGGACAGAUUCAGAGGCUCCCAGCCGCAGUGCUGGACUGGCGUCCCUUCAGCCGCUGCAGCAAGCAGCUGUCCAGCGCACUCCACCACUCGGUGGACUCCCUGCUGCGUAGCUCCAACUCGCUGGUGAACAACAACUGGGGUGUGGGUUUGAGCCUGGAGAAAAUCGGCCAGGCGUUGCUAGGAGGAAGCCGCUCAGACUUGGCCAAGUUUGCACGCUCGCAGCACAGUGUUGACAAAGCUACCUUUGCCAUUCAUGAGAUCAGUUGCUCCUAUUACAGCUACAGGCUGGCCGAUCAUCCGCGGCUGAGCUCAGAGUUCACAAAGCAUCUGAAGAGACUCCCACAGAGUUUAAGCACAGCGCAGAACAAAGCCCUGUACAGACGCCUUAUAGACACAUAUGGGACCCAUUACAUCCACCAGGUGCAGCUUGGGGGUAAGGUGAGGCGAAUCACAGCCUUCAGGACUUGUCUGGCCACACUGAAGGGCUUCUCAGAGUCAGAGAUCAAAAACUGCCUGAAUGUUGAACUCCGCAUGGCCCUGGGUUUUCUCCCUGCCAAUGCAUCUUAUUCCAACAAGUGCGACAACCUUCUGAAGGGCAACAUGAGCAUGGGCUUCUACCAGGGCUUCAUGACACAUAAGAUCGAGGUGGUCGGAGGGGAGAGGUACUUCCCUGACAUCCUUUACCAACAGGACCCUUCAGAGGCAUACCACAGCUGGAUGAACAGCCUCCACAACAACCCCGACGUGGUUUCAUACGCCAUCUUCCCCCUGCAUCACUUGGUGGAGGACAAUCAGAUCAGUGAAAAUCUGAAAACCAUGGUCACAGAGUACAUAAAAGAGAGCCAGCUGGAAGAAGAGCAGCUAGGCCAGAAGAACUGCUCCCCGACUCCCAACUUGGACCACAACUGCUGUCCUUUGCGGGCCGGCAGAGGAGCUCUGAUGCUGGAAAUCCACCGAGCAGCAGGGCUGAGGGCCGACACCUUCACAAAAACCGACGCAUACGUGAAGAUCUUCUACGGUGGCUUGUAUGAGGAGACGGAGACUGUGAUGGACAACAACGACCCAGUCUGGAACGCCACGUAUGAUUUUGGCUCAGUGGAGCUGGGUCAGCAGCUGAGGUUGGAAGUCUGGGACAGGGACGUGCUUUACAAUGACAUUGCAGGGGUAUGCAUCGUCUAUCCUGAGAGAGGAACUCACUCUCUAGGCUGUCAGCUGCGUAAAGGAGUUCUCUAUUUCACCUACACCAUCAGCUGUGACACACAUUUAACGGGUUUCCGGUGUGGCCGAUACUCUCCACAUGCUGAGUGAAUAAGAUGUUUUGGACCUUCAGCUUUUCACUGUCGAAUCUUUCACAGAGUACUUCUGAACUGCCUGCUCUGUCUAGUAAUGUGCUCUCAGAGACAGUGAGAGACUUCAGGGGUAUUUUUUACCAUUUGUCAUCUAUAAACUGUUUUGAGGUGUAAAAAAAAAAAAAAAACUGUAGCUAUGAGUUUUAGUCAAAGUAAAUUCCAGUUAUAAUACACACUUACCAUUUAACCAGUGUCUCAGUCUAAACAAAUGUAUACAAAAUAAAAAAAAAUCUUUGUCUACAUAACAUUUUUCAUUUAUUUUACCUGUUUUUUUUCCUAAGGUGACAGUAUGACAUUACACUCUUAGUCUAUAUGCUAUCUAAACCACCAUAAAAGCAAACCAAUAUUAUACAUUUGAAGAUACAUCUUUAAAAACAGCAGUCAUUAAACCAAUGAUAAAAAAGAGCAAUCUGGACAAACCACAUCUGCAGAAUUAAAGGCCAAUCUCCAACCUUUCAUUUAUCAGUAAACUUAUUGAAAAAGCUGUCUCUCAACAGUUGAAUAGCUAUAAGGAAGCUUCCUUACAAUGACCAAUGGCUUUGAUGUUUUUCAGUCCCGUUUCCGUGCUCACCAAAGUACUGAGGCCACCCUCAUCAAAGAAUUCAAGGACAUCCACAUAAAAAUACAGACUGUGGAAGAACCAUAGUGCUAGUUCUGUUGGACCUGAGCGCAGCAUUUGACACUGUGGACCAUAUAUUAUUAAAGCGACUGGAGAGCUGGCUCGGACUCUCUGGUACAGCACUGAGUCUGUUCAAAUCCUAACUAAAGAACAGGGAUUUCUUUGUGUCAUUAAGUAAUUUCUCAGACAAAAAGUCACAUGCGGGGUACCACAAGGUUUAAUCCUGCAAUGCUAUUUAUUCAAUCUAUAUGCUCCCAGUAGUGGAGCUUAUAACGAUAAGAUUAGUUACCAUAACUACGCAGAUGAUACACAGCUCUACAUUACGAUGUCACCAGCUGACUCUGAACUCAUCCAUGCACUGAACAGAUGCUUAGAGCUAAUCAAUGCAUAGAUGUGCCAAAACUUUCUCCAGCUGAAAGAAACAAAACUGAAGUGAUCAUCUUUGGACCUAAAGAGGAACAAACUAGAGUCAGCAUGCAGCUUCAGUUAUUACUGUACAACUACAAACUAGUGAUCAGGGCGAAAUCUGGGUGUAGUGAUGGAGACAGACCGGAACCUUCAAGGACACAAAGACAAUUACAAAGUCAGCCUUCCAUCACCUGAAGAACAUUUAAAAGGAUUGAUGUCCCAUUUGUUCCUAACAGAGCACUUUGCUCUCAGACUACAGGUCUGCUGGUGGUUCCUAGAGUCUCUAAAAGUAGAAUGGGAGGCAGAUCCUUUAGCUUUCAGGCUCCUCUCUCUACUCUCAGUUUCCUCUUUGUGAAAUCAACUCCCAGUUUUGGUCCGUGAGGCAGACACCCUGUCUACUUUUAAGAAGAGGCUUAAAACUUUUCUUUUUGACAAAGCUUUUUGUUAGUGGCUAAGGUCAUCCUGAACUAUCUCUGUAAUUAUGCUGUAAUAAGCUUAGGCUGCUGAAGGACAUCGGGGUCUAUUUUUCUCACUCUGCUGAGUUCUCCUACUGUUUUCCAAUUAGUAUUGUUUGUUGUUAUUUCAGCUUUUUUUCUCUACAUAGUAGAAUUUGAGUUUGUAAAGUGUCUUGAGAUGACAUGUGAAUUGGCCCUAUUUAAGUAAAACUGAAUUGCAAUGAGGGCUGCAAAGUGGGUAACACUGUUGCCAUGGAGCAAGAAGGUCCUGGGUUCAAGUCCUAACCUCACCCUGGCUCUUUCUGCAUGGAGUUUGCAUGUUCUCCCUGUGCAUUUGUGGGUUCUCUCCGGGUACUCCGGCCUCCUCCCACAGUCCAAAAACAUGACUGUUAAUUGGCCUCAUUAAAUUGUCCUUGGGUGUGAGUGUGUGCGAGAAUGGUUGUUUGUUCUGUCUUGCCCUGUGAUAGACUGGCGACCUGUCCAGGGUGUACCCGGUCUCUCGCCCAUUGACAGCUGGAGAGAGGCACCAGCACCCCUCGCACCCCCACAAGAGAUAGGCGUGUUAGAAAAUGUAUGGAUGAAUUUCAAUUAAUGUCCCAACGAGAUCUAGAGAAACUCAUCCAUGUGUUUGAUGUGCAUUGAUAUUUUCACUUGAUAAAAUUUUAUGUUUUUUACUGGUCUCACAACCGGUGGCCGUUUCAGUGCGUUUAUGAUGUUUUUAUGUUUUCAUGUAAAGCAUUUUGAACUGCCUUGCUGUUGUGUGCUAUACAAAUAAACGUGACUUGACUUUAAAGGAG